UCGGCAAGUGUUGGGUUCGGAGUAGACGCACCCGUCUCCACCAGCCUCCGGCUCCAAAUAAGGCCGGCACCCGACCCUUCUCGUUUCUAUCUUCUCCGCAAACUAGCCCCAAACCCUCCCGUCUGUGCGGCGGCGACACCCCAGCGGCGACGCCAUGGUGCUCGAGGCGACUAUGAUCUGCAUAGACAACUCGGAGUGGAUGCGGAACGGCGACUACGCGCCGUCGCGGUUCCAGGCGCAGGCUGAUGCGGUCAACCUCAUCUGCGGCGCCAAGACUCAGUCGAACCCGGAGAACACGGUAGGCGUCAUGACGAUGGCCGGCAAGGGCGUCCGCGUGCUUGUCACUCCCACCAGUGACCUCGGGAAGAUCCUCGCCUGUAUGCACGGGUUGGAAGUUGGUGCUGAGGCAAACUUGGCUGCGGCCAUCCAGGUUGCUCAGUUGGCGCUAAAGCAUCGCCAGAACAAGAGGCAGCAGCAGAGGAUCAUAGCUUUUAUUGGAAGUCCUGUGAAAUAUGACAAGAAAGUUUUGGAGACAAUUGGAAAGAAGCUGAAAAAGAACAAUGUUGCUCUUGACAUUGUUGACUUUGGUGAAUCUGAUGAUGAAAAGCCUGAGAAACUGGAAGCGUUGAUUGCUGCUGUCAAUAGCAGUGAUAGCAGUCGCAUUGUUCAUGUUCCUCCGGGUGACAAUGCCCUCUCUGAUGUCCUUUUAAGCACUCCUAUAUUUACGGGGGAAGAAGGUGGAAGCGGUUUUGCUGCUUCAGCAGCAGCAGCUGCAGCCACCGGAGCAUCUGGAUUUGAAUUUGGUGUGGACCCAAAUGUAGAUCCAGAAUUGGCACUUGCCCUGCGGUUAUCUAUGGAAGAAGAGCGAGCAAGGCAAGAGGCUAUUGCGAAAAAGGCUGCUGAGGAUACUUCAAAUACUGAAAACAAGGACCAUGCCUCAAGCUCAAACAGCGAUUCUGUUAUGGCUGAAGCAGAACCUGCCUCAAAUGCUGCUGCUGAUGACAAAAAAGAACAGCCAAAGGAGGAUGAUGAUCUGCUACAACAGGCACUUGCUAUGUCAAUGGAAGGUGGUGCUUCAGGAUCUGCAGCUAUGGCUGAUGCUGCUAUGGCAGAAGCUGGUGCAGUUGACCCUGAUUUGGCACUGGCUCUUCAAAUGUCUAUCCAGGAUGCUAACAUGUCCAGUGACUCUGAUAUGAAUAAGGUGUUUGAAGACAGAUCGUUUGUUACAUCUAUCCUUAACUCGCUUCCUGGUGUUGAUCCCAAUGAUCCGUCUGUUAAAGAUCUGCUGGCAUCAUUGCACGGUCAGGGAGAGGUAUGUUCUUAUAUGUUUUACUUUCACUAGAAGGUCUGCCAGUACACUGAUGCUACCAUGUUCCCUCCUUUGGAUCAUUUAGCUUCAUCUUCACUCAAUGAGAAUCUAUAACAGCUGUUAGAAAGUCUUCAUUGCAUUGGGACACAAUUUCUAUGCACAUUUGUACAGCAAUUUCACAUUUUAAAUGUAAUGGCACUGCUCUUUGAGGUACCAGCAUGAGGAUACCUUACAGGUACCACCAAAUUGAUAUGCCAUUUUUUGGUUUGUUUUUACGGGCUUGGUGGAAGUGAAUUGUGCUCUAAGCAAUGGACCUAAGUUUCACACUGAACGGCUAUCAUGUAAUGUUAGGGAUCAGGGCUAGGUUGUUCUCUGGAAAAAUGUA